AAAUAGGCUUUGACAUGAAUUGAUGCUUAUUUGAAUUUUACCUGAUGCAGCAAAACGGUAUCGUCGUUCUGCGAAUUGAGUUCAGUUUAGCCGUAAACGUAGACUCAGUCACUGCUGUCACAUUGUGCUCUCGCCGCACACACAAUCGACACAAAAGUUGAACAGAAUAGAGAGAGAAAAAAAUCUGUUUGUUGUUUUCUUUUUUCUGAAUCCAUUCAUUUAAACAAGAGCUACAAACGUAUAAGCAUCAUUAUUUCCGAAUAAAAUCACUGGUGAUUUCAAUUGCAUGCAGUGUAGUUUUAGUGUGAAAAAAAAUUGAUUAAACGACGUAAAAAAACGAACACUUGAUGAAAAAAAACAAAAUCGUGUGCAUAUAAAUAGAAACAUUUCGAGAGAUAGUGUUCAAGCAGCGAACAAAACAGUUUGAGUUAACAAAGACAAAUAUAAUUAAAGAAAAAAUAAUCGAAAAAAAAACAAUCAAAAUGGUGUCGUUACCGUAUCCGUUAGUGUAUAGUCAAAAGCAUGGAUCAAAUUUGCCAUAUUCAUCGACAGCACCGGCUUGGCCUUAUCCAAAUUAUACAUCACAUCAUACGCCACAUCAUCCAAACAAUCAAUUUAUGAAUGCGGCACCUACACCGUUUGGCUCUGGUUUGGAUUCAGAUGCGGCGGCAGCUUCGUUUUAUCACCAACAUAUGUUGACACAUUCAUCAAGCCCCGACUGGGGACACGAUAACUACAAUUUAUCAACACAUAACUCGCAAUUUUUCGCCAACGGAAUGACACCGCCGUCAAGUUUGCACUUGAGCCCAACGAUAAACAGCCAUCACAGUUCAAACAGUGGAAAUGCAAGCAACGGUGACAAUUUGCAAAAUGGCUUGCAAAAUAUUCCACCGUCACCGCCGAUCACCGUCAAUUCAGCAUGCAGCGAAAUGUCAAGCCCAGGCAUUGGAUCAAACGGAGGAAACGGCGGUGUUAUUGGCAAUGGUGACGCUUCGCCCAGUAUGACAUCGAAUAAUAAUUUGUCACGACCAAAAUCACCGUACGAUUGGAUGAAAAAACCAUCAUAUCAAAGCCAACCAAAUACAGGAAAAACCCGUACAAAGGACAAAUACCGUGUGGUUUAUACCGAUUAUCAACGUUUGGAACUCGAAAAAGAAUAUCACAUGUCACAUUACAUAACGAUUCGCCGAAAAUCGGAGCUGGCCCAAUCGUUGCAAUUGUCGGAGCGUCAGGUGAAAAUAUGGUUCCAAAAUCGUCGUGCAAAGGAUCGCAAGCAAACGAAAAAGCGUGAUGGACCCGUGAUGGGAAGCGGUGGAAUUUUAACGAAUGGACUCAAUUCAAAUGUUAGCCUCUCGUUGCAACACCAUCACGGCAUGGGCAAUGGUCCGUCAAGCCUUGGUGCCAGUUCAAUGUACGGUUCACUCGAUAUCAAGCCGAAAUUGGAGCCAGGUCUUUUGCCGCCUAGCCAUCAUUCGCACAACUAUGGGCAUUUGCAUCAGGCACAUGCUUCUCAUCCAAUGCAUCACCUAAGCACAAUGGGCAUGAAUCUAUUGCACCAAAGUCACAUGCAUCAUCAUCAUUCAGCAGCAUCAGCCUUACCACCAACACCAAUUUCAUCAUCGCCGGCCACAAGUAUCCAAUCUCAGGCACACUUAUCCUCUUAAAUGAUUCUUUGUUUUUUUUAUCUAUCACACAAUCGUCAACACAGAGAGAGGAACAAACGUCAUGCGAUAUUUGUUAAUUGAAUGUUGUUGAUUUUAAGUAACGAAAUUCAAAAGUUGAACAAAAAAAAAAUUGUUAUUUUAAAAUCCUAAAAAAUAGAGAUAAAAAAUGAUGUCCGUUCCAUAGUCCACUAGUUUGAAAACUUCGAUGAUAUCUCUUUGAUUUCAUCGAAAUGAAAGGAAUGAUUUUUAGCAUUUAAUCACGUUUUUUUUUUCCUUUUUUUAAUCUUAAAAUCUUUCGAUUAACACAGUGUUUUUUCUAUUAAGUUUCAUUAUUUUUUUUUAUUUUGUAACAGUUAACAAUUUAUGUUUCAAAAUCGAAGUGCAUUAUUGAAUUUAAUACGGAAUGAAACACAUCAAUUCUGUGUGUGCAUAUUUCGCUAUUCACCACAUUUUUGUUUGGUGAACAAAAAAAUAUCGAUUUCUUGUUUGAAAGAAGAAAAAAAACAUUAAAUGCAAUGAACAAAAAAAAACCUGUAAACGACAAAGGCCAGGGGUUAAAGACGUGGAAUCGAAACAAAACCGACCACAUCAUAAUUUUUUUUCUAGCAAUUAGCAUAAAUGUGAAAAGCAGAAAUUAAACUUCUUCAUUUAAACUACUUUGUUUCUUUUUGAAUAAAAACAAAACAAAAAAUAAACUUGAUAGAAUAAUAAAACUUAAGUGCAAUUAUGUAGAAAGCAGUAGAGUGUGCAACAACAACAACAAAAGAAUAACUCACAAACAAUAUGAGAUAAGGAUAUAUAUGAAAACUAAAUAAUUAACCAGCAAAAUGUUUUGAGAAUGUUCAAAAUCCGAACGUAUGUUGAUUCACUUGAAUCACAAUUAAGCGCAAUUUAAUCACAUACUUGAAAUAAUUAGGAUUUGUAUGGAAUAAGACACAUUGAGCAUGUAAAAUGUGUAAGAAAUGAUUGUAAAUUGCCAUUAGAUUGGCUCAUUUUUUUGAUUGUAUACAACGAACAGACACAUGAAUUGGCAACACGAAACUCAACAUGUGCUACAAAUUCACAAAAGGCACACCAACACCUUGGCUUGCUUGCUUUUAGAUUUGGCACCAUUUCCAUUUUGGUUCACCGUGACUGUACAAUUACAUUUUAGCAAAAUAUAUGAAUAAAUCGAAGAAAAAAAAAUUCAAUUGCAUGUAAACUAUCCAAUGAAAAUUCAUAGAAAAUCAAAUAAAACAAUAAAGAAAAGAAA